GUUGGCAAACAACGAGACGACUCACGACUCAACGCUCAUAAUGCCCCAUUCAGUAUCCUCACCAGUCUCGUCAGCAGAACACAAAUAUGACGAGGUUUUACCCGAUGCUCCCCAAACAGAAACGACCUCCGACAAUGGAGACACCAAUGCACCCGACAACGCAGCAACAGGGGGCGUGAAAUUGGAGGAUUUGUUUAACGAUGACGACGACGAUGAAGAGUACCCCGCCUCUAGCGCACCGAACACUCAAAAUCCGAACGCGAUGCAAACAGACGCCGCGCCUGCUCCAGGUCCGGAGGUAGACACAGACACCAUGCUGGCAUUCUAUCAACGCCUAUUCCCAUUUCGCUACCUCUUCCAAUGGUUGAAUCAUGGAAUUGUUCCUUCUCCCGACUUCGGAAACCGAGAAUUUGCCCUCACCCUCCAGAACGAUGCUUACCUCCGAUAUCAAUCAUAUGCGACUGCAGACCUCUUUCGCAAAGACAUCCUCAAGAUGAACCCUUCUCGAUUCGAAAUCGGCCCCGUCUACAACACCAACCCCCGAGACCGCAAGACCCUCCGCGGCGGCCAACUGAAACCCAUCUCCAAGGAACUUGUCUUCGAUAUCGAUCUGACAGAUUACGACGACAUCCGAUCCUGCUGCACCAAGGCCAACAUCUGCGGCAAAUGCUGGGCAUUCGUGACGAUGGCGAUUAAGGUCGUGGACACGGCUUUGCGCGAGGACUUCGGCUUCGAGCACAUCCUUUGGGUCUACUCGGGCCGUCGUGGUGCGCACGCGUGGGUGUGCGACCCGCGCGCGCGCAGCUUGCCCGAUGAUCGCCGGCGGGCGAUUGCCGGCUACUUGGAGGUGGUGCGGGGAGGCAACAGCAGCGGCAAGCGGGUGAACCUGAAGCGGCCGCUGCACCCGCACCUGGCGCGGAGUCUCGAGAUCCUGAAGUCGUACUUCGCGCAGACGACGCUGGUCGACCAGGACACGUUCCUCAGCGCCGAGCAGGCGCAGCGGCUGCUGGCGCUCCUGCCGGACAAGGGGCUGAACGAGUCGCUGCGCAAGAAGUGGGAGUCGUCGCCCGACCGCACCAGCGCCAACAAGUGGGCCGAUAUCGAUGCCCUCGCCAAGACCGGCAAGAGCAGCACCCUGAACCCGACCACCCUCCGCGACGCCAAGCAGGACAUCGUGCUCGAGUACACCUACCCCCGGCUGGAUUCCGAGGUCAGCAAGAAGAUGAUCCACUUGCUCAAGAGCCCGUUCGUCAUCCACCCGGGCACCGGCCGCGUCUGUGUGCCUAUCGACCCUCGUAAGGCAGAGCAGUUCGACCCCCUCUCGGUGCCGACGGUCACGCAACUACUCGCGGAGAUUGAUACGUGGGACGCGGAGCAUCCGAGCACCAAUGCCGGGCCAGAGCCUGCCGAUGGGGAGGGUAGUGUGGCCGACUCGGAUGCGAGAGGCAGCCGCAGGAUGCAGGACUAUGAGAAGACGAGCUUAAAACCAUACAUUGACUAUUUUCGUUCAUUCAUUGCCGGCCUCUUGAAAGAAGAGCGUGGUGGCAAGCGGGAGCGGAACGAUGAUGCUGGGGAGCCCAAGUCUGAGAGCAUGGAAUUUUAGGCCUCAACUCUCCCCAUCCCCAGACGAAUCAACGCGGUUUCCAGUUCUUUUCACCGCCCUGUCCGGGUGGUAGGCAUUAUGGGUAUGUUAUUGAAGCGAUUUAGGAGUAUGUUAAAGGGACAGUGAAUAAUUCAGGCGUUCAAUUACGG